AAGAACAUAAAAGAUUAUAAGACAGCCCCACACCACCAUGGCAUACCCUUUAUGAGCACUCACGCAAAGAUAAACAAAAGGUAACAAUCAUAGCAACCAAAAGCUUCAUUAAUAAAGCCUCCUUCUCCUUCCUCCAUAUCCCACUCUCACAACAACACCUCUUGUAAGUUGUAUUAUCAUUCAGAAAGAAACCAACCACAAAGCACCUUCAGCUUUCGCACUUGGCAAUGAGAGUUCCCGUUUCAUCACCCCCACACGCCAUCCCAAAACCCACCACCACCACAAUCACAGGCCCCUACAAUUACGAGCCCACUUCAGUCCUCGACCUCUGCCGGAGCCCAAGCCCAGGCAGCGUCCCUCAAAAGCCCACCCAAGACUGUCCGGAGCUCGACGACCAUGCUCUACAUAAUCUCGACUGGGACUCCAUCAUGAACGACCUCGGCUUCCACGACGACACCACCACCGCCACCACCGCACACAUUUUCCCCCCUGUCACCGACUUCACACCCUUCGAUCAAGCCGCAGAACUCACCGUCACCGGCGACAUGUACGGUUACAACUUCAACUACCCCACCCUCGACAACCACCACAGCAACAACAACAACACCAACGUCUUAGAUUCCAUCAUCGAAGAUCUCAUCCGCGCCGCUGAUUGCUUCGACACCAACCAACUCCAACCGGCGCAGAUGAUAUUAGAGCGGCUCAAUCACCGCCUACGAUCUCCCACCGGAAAGCCACUCCAGCGAGCGGCGUUUCACUUCAAAGACGCGCUCCAGUCUCUCCUCUCCGGUUCGAAUCCGCCACGGGUUUCUUCCAUGGUGGAAAUCGUGCACGGAAUGAGAACCUUCAAGGCGUUCUCCGGAAUCUCACCGAUCCCGAUGUUCUCCAUCUUCACCACCAAUCAAGCCCUCCUCGAAUCGCUGAUUCACUCCUCCUCCUGCUUCCUUCACAUCAUCGACUUCGAAAUUGGACUCGGGAUUCAAUACGCUUCUCUCAUGAAGGAGAUUGCAGAGAAGGUUGAGACCGGUAAAAUUGGUUCACCGGUUCUACGAAUAACCGCCGUCGUUCCUGAAGAGUACGCCGUCGAGAGCACUCUGGUUCGUGAGAAUCUUGUUCAGUUCGCUCAAGAGCUCAGGAUCCGUGUCCAGGUUGAGUUCGUAUCGCUGCGGACGUUCGAGACGGUGUCCUUCAAGGCGGUGAAGUUCGUCGACGGGGAGAGGACCGCCGUGCUUCUGUCUCCGGCGAUAUUUCGUCGGCUCGGGUCUGCAGCUGCUUUUAUGGCGGACGUGCGGAGCGUCUCGCCGUGCGUGGUGGUUUUUGUGGACGAGGAGGGGUGGGCGGAGGCGGCGGCUGAGGCGAGUUUCCGGCGCGGCGUGGUGAGCAGUCUGGAGUUUUACUCGAUGAUGCUGGAGUCGUUGGAUGCGUCGGUGGUUAGUGGAGGAGGCGGUGAAUGGGUGAAGAGGAUUGAGAUGCUGCUUCUGCGACCGAAGAUGAUGGCGGCGGUGGAUAGCGCGGGAAGGCGGAUGCCGCCGUGGAGGGAGGCGUUUUACGGUGCUGGGAUGAGGCCGGUUCAGUUAAGCCAGUUCGCGGAUUUUCAAGCGGAGUGUUUGUUGGCCAAGUCACAAAUAAGGGGAUUCCACGUGGCUAAACGCCAGGCUGAGCUGGUGCUUUUCUGGCAUGAGCGGGCCAUGGUUGCCACGUCAGCUUGGCGUUGUUAAGAAUAGGCCCAUCUAAAGAUUUAAUCGGGAUUAGAGUAUACUGUAAACUAAGGUUAAUAGGUAUAUCAGCUUUCAACUUGCAAGUACAAUGCAAUAUUUUAAAAUUAUCAUUAGUGUGAUGCAAAAUCUAAUUUAGGCAUCUUGCAAAUGGUAAAAAGGGAAGGGGAGAAUGUAAUCUAAUCUAAUCUUAGUACUAUCUAAUAUCUUGAACUAGAGUCUUUGUUGGAAAUACUUGUUAUCAUAGUGAACUUUGUUGGAAUACUAGUCCUCCAUUGAUACUUAUUUUGUGAUGAUUAUUUUAUCAUCACAAAAGUGAAUGUUGAUGAUUGUCUCUCUUCAUUUAGUUUA